AUGGAACUCGAUGGCUGUGCAGAAAUUUCAAAAAUAUUUACCCUCCAAGUGUUGCCUGGGUCCGCAUUCACAGAGUCGAUGAUGAACGUCGCUUCGUUCGUCACCGCCGAAGAUUCGCGGACGGCGACUGCCACCACUGUCGCCAGCACGAUCAAAAUACUUGCUGACAUUUUCCUCCGAAUUCGAAUUGAGAUACGUCUCUGUAAGUGGCCCUACGACUGCAGACCGUAUUUGAAAGCGUCUACUAGAGUAUCGAAGGUGAACGGUUAUCGAAGUUUUUAUAUUUUUUCAUUUCAAUUGCCUCAUCCAAUCGAAUGA